AACUCCUAAACUAAAAUGAAACUUCUGAUUUUCACAUUCAUAGCACUGAUAGCCGCUGUUUAUGCCAUUGAAGACUAUACCAUACAAUCCCCUCAUGGAUCCACUCGUGUAUAUCAGGAGCGUGUGGUCAGCCCUCUCUGGAACCAAUGGAAUGCAAACGCCAGGGCACUGACGGGUUGGUCACAUUUGCCCGCUUAUGGUGGUUAUGGAUAUGGAAAUGGAUUAGGAUAUGGAAAUGGAUUAGGAUAUGGUCGACAAUAUGAUGCAUACGGUCCAGGACUUCAAUACCCAGGAUUAGACCAAUGGGGCUGGACGUAUCAGAUAUAA